CUGUCGAGAAUUCCUCGCUUCUCCCCUUCUGCACCCCACUUCGCCGUGUGGAGGGCCAGUCUCCAGCAUGGCAUGUGCGCAAAAUCAUCCAUCUGGUAGGGGCCUGAGGUCAACGCGCAGAAGCUAUCCCCGUGUCGUCUCAUGCAACUCCGGUUGGAAGAAAGUUGUGAAGGAUAGUUGUCGGUGGGUGAAGCAUGUGUAGGGGCAUGCUUGCGACUGUAUCCGUGCGUCCUGGCCUCAGCCUGAUAUGAGCAGGCGUGCUCAAGUUCAGUAGCGCGUCAACGUGGCAGAUCGCUCGCGAACGCCAGCACAGCUGCCAUUUCGAGGUGCGGUCGCCGCUGGUUGGUGAGAUGGCCGCAGUGCCGACCGUCAUGGCAGGGCAGCUGGACGUUGGACACAGUGUCGCUAGCUUUGCAGCCACGGCCAAGAGGUAUGCUGAGGAGAAGCACUGGGCUAAAGCGUUGGAUUUGCUGCGACAUUCCAUGCGCAUGCGGGUGCAGCACCAGCUCGUCUUGUACAACGUCAUUAUCAGCGCAUGUGGCAAAAGCAGGCAGUGGAAGCAGGCAUUGCUGCUAUUAGGCGAACUUCGGAAAGCGAACUUAGAGCCCGCGAUCACCUAUACUUCAGUUACAACGCUGGAAUCAGCGCUUGCGAGAAGGGCAGGGAGUGGCAACAGGCGCUGGCCCUGCUCGGCGAAAUGCGGGAAGCAGACUUGCAGCCGAACGUCAUAAGCUACAAUACUGGUCUCAGCGCGUGCGCCAAGGGCGGCGAGUGGAGGCUGGCGUUAUCACUGCUGGGCGACAUGCGGGAAGUCAAUUUGAGGCCAGACGUAAUCAGCUACAGUUCAGGGGUCACCGCGUGCGUGAAGGAAGAACAGUGGCAGCUGGCGCUGUCGCUGCUGAGCGAGGGGCGAGCAGUCACCGCAGGGAUGGACGUCAUCUGCUACAGUGCAGGGAUCAGCGCGUGCGAGAAGGGUGGCCAAUGGCAGCAUGCCCUGUCAGUCUUGGGCGAGCUGCAGCUCGCGAGGCUGCGGCCAGACGUCAUAGCCUUCGCUGCUGGAGUCAGCUCCUGCGAAAAGGGAGGGCAGUGGUGUCAUGCGCUCUCGCUGUUGAGGGAGAUGCGGGAGGCGCAGCUGAAGCCAGAUGCUAUCAGCUACAAUGCUGCGAUCAGCGCUUGUGAGAAAGGUGAGAACUGGGAGCACGCGAUGUCGCUGAUGAGCGAGAUGUGGGAAUCUCGCAUUCGGCGGGAUGACACCAGCUAUGGUGCUGCCAUCAGCGCGUGCGGAAAAUGCCGUGAAUGGCAGCGCGCGUUAAUGUUAUUGAGCGACAUGCAGGAAGCUCAAAUGGAACCCAGCGUUAUUUGUUACAAUGCUGGCAUCAGCUCUUGUGAGAAAGGCCUGGAGUGGCAGCAGGCGUUAUCUUUGCUACGUAUGAUUGCGCAGGCGGAUUUACAGCCGAAUGUAAUCUUCAGCUACAGUGCAGGGGUGAGUGCGUGCUACAAGGGCAGGGAGUGGCAGCAGGCGCUGUGUCUGUUCAGCGAGGCGCGAGCAGCGUCGCUGUCGCCUGACGUCCCCAUGUUUAACGCUGCAAUCAGUGCAUGUGCAGGGGUUGGCCACUGGCAGCAGUCGUUAUCGCUGCUGCGAGAGUUCUGGACGGUGAGGCUCCAGCCAGACGCAAUCAGUUACAACGCGGGAGCCAGUGCGUGUCUAGGUGGGCAGUGGCGUCAGGCGCUGACGUUGCUGAGGGAAAUGCAGGAAGUGAAGUUAGAGCCCAGCAUUAUCUCUUCUGCUACAACGCUGCGAUUACCGCUUGCGAGAAAGGUGGGCAUUGGCGGCGAGCGCUGUCGCUGUUGAGAGACAUUUGCGAGUCAAGUCUGGAAUUGCGUGUCGUCGAAUACAGCGCCAUGCUCGCAGCGUAUGCCAAAUUGGGAGAUUGGCAGAGCUCGUUGGCUUUGGUCAGCGAGAUGUUGGACAAGCAGCUGGAGCAGAGUUACACCUGCCAUUCUGCGGUAGUCAACGCUUGUGGCAAAGCUGGGCGGUGGCAGCUGGCGUUGUCGACAUUGAGGGAGUUAUGCGACUCAACGGUUGAGCCAGAUGCCUGCAUUUAUGUCCCGGGCAUCAGUGCUUGCCGGAACAGUGGACGUUGGCAGCAUGCGUUGUCAUUAUUGGGCGAGAUGUGGGAAGUUAAGGUGGAGUCGGAUGUUAUCGCCCUCAAUGCUGGAAUCAGCGCAUGCCAGACGUGUUGGCAUCCACGGAACGUCGUGCCGUUGAUUAAUUCUGUCUUUGCCAAUGCACGACAUUUGUUGUUGUGCAGCAAACUCGAACCAAGUCUCGAAAACAGAUCAUCUGAGGUCAUCAUUGAUAGCUUUCUUUUGACGCUAAUGCUCCCCAUGGGCAGCUUACCUUACUCAACCCGAUACCCUCCUCCCCCCAAGUACACCCGAGGCAGUGCGUGGCCAAACUGAACUUCCCCCUCGUGCGGAUCCACGCUCCCUCCUUCCUAGCCCACGUCGUCCUUCUUCGUGCUGCCGCCGCAGUCCCUUUCCGCGUUCUGCUCCUCCGCCG